AUGGCGACUCCUCCCAAAAGUCGGUCCUUACUUGUUCUCGCCUCACCGCCCUCACCAGCAGAACGCUCAGCCAUUCGCGCCGCCUUGCAUGACUCCAUCUCGGCGAGUCUCACACAGCUGACCCCGGGGAGCAGCCUCGUUGUGGCCAUAGCCGCACCGUUCCUACCACCGGACUGGUCGAGACUACAGUCCCUGCUAGCAAAGCUGUACUCCUUGGUCGCCAUUAUACAGGCCGGCCAUGACAAUCCUGCAGACGUCAACGUACUCCUUGUGGAUCACGCGCCUGGUCGUGAAUACGCCCGUGAUCGGUCCAGCCCGGACAAUGACAGCUGCAUUGUCGAUCUUGGCGAUUUGGCUUCCCUGCCAGUGAAAUGGUCGAGGAUAUUCCACGCCAGCACCGAAGCGAGCAUCGCGGCGCUUCAAACAUUCCUCGGUGUUCAUGAGCGGUCUCAAGUGAUCCUUCAAGAUCAGAUCAUAGCAGUACCUGGCGGUGUCAGCAUGAUGGAGGGGCAGAAACCAGCAUUUGGAUCAAGAAGAUUCAGCAGAGUUAUCAUCGGCGGGACCUUUGAUCAUUUCCACCUGGGACACAAGUUGCUCCUCCAGGCGUCCACGCUCCUACUGUCUAUCCCCUCCUCGGCCCAGUCACCCGCCAUGUUCACCAUCGGUAUCACAGGCGACGCUCUGCUCAAGAAUAAGCGCUACGCCUCGGAGAUUGAGCCCUGGUCUGUUCGCGCCCAAGCAGUAACUGAUUUUGUGGGGUCUUUACUUCUAGAGACACCGUCAGUCGUCUCCUCGUCAACGACCGAGCUCAUCACUUCUCUAGUCGGCGGGAGGCUACACGUGCGGUGCACCGAGAUCCUUGAUGCGUAUGGGCCUACAACACGAGAGCGAGACCUUGACGCGCUGGUGGUUUCUGGGGAAACGAGAAGUGGAGGCAAGGCCGUGAAUGACAAACGGAGGGAGACUGGAUGGCAUGAGCUGGAGGUCUUUGAAAUUGAUGUCCUCCAUGCCACUGAGCAGGAGGAGGGGUCGAUCGACGACAACUAUGCAGCAAAAAUUAGCAGUACCGAUUACAGAAGACGGCAGGCGGAAGCAAGGAGUCGAGAGAAACCGGUCUGA